AUAAAAAUAGGGUGUGUUUUCUUUCACUUUCAUGACAUAGAAGUCUCCAUGAAGGGGGAAGAUUGUGCAGACUUUUGCUUUAGAAGCACAAUGAAUAACAGAUCCUGUACUUCAGGCAACUUAAAACUCCAUGAACACAAAAUUCUACCUGCCAUUUAUGCCUUUGUUAUGAUUGUUGGUCUGGGAGGAAAUGGAUUGGGACUAAAGUCUCUGCUGCAGAAAAAGAAGAAACUUCGACACAUUAAUCUGUUCCUUCUGAACCUUGGAGUUGCUAAUUUUUUGUUCCUGCUAACACUACCAUUUUUGUCAGCGUACUACUUUAUGGACAGUAAAUGGAUAUUUGGAGAUGCCUUCUGCAAGAUCACAAGAUUCUGCUUCAACCUGAAUUUAUACGGCAGCAUUGGAUUCCUCACCUGUAUAAGCGUGUACAGGUACCUGGCUAUUGUCCAUCCAAUGAGGAUGAUGGGGAGAAUAACUGUGACUCACUCUGUGGCUAUCUCAGUUGUGGUUUGGCUGUUGGUGAGUGCUCAAAGUCUUCCAGAUAUCUUCUUCUCCAAAAUCUCACCAAAUAAAACUGAAAAAUGCUACCAUACCACCUCUAACGAGUAUGUGGAGGAUUAUCUGAAAUACAGUGUGGGCUGGACAUUGACUGGGUUUGUUAUGCCACUCCUUAUUUUACUUGGCUGCUACGGACAUGUGACUCUUGUUCUCUGUCAAGCAAAUACCAUAAAGGAAGUGGUGAAAAAACAAGUUUUAAAGUUAUUAUUCAUCUUGUGCCUUCUCUUCUCGGUUUGUUACAUCCCCUAUCAUAUUUUCAAGAACCUCAGCCUUUAUUCAAGAGUUUUGUCAAAACAAGAGAAAUGUCCAGAUUGGAAUGAGGGAGUCUUUGGGGCUCAUCAAAUAAGUCGUGGAAUUGUGUGUUUGAACAGUGUUUUGACUCCCCUGGUUUACCUCCAUGUAAAGGAUUUCCCUACUCGAUUCCAACAGCUGCUCCAGCGAACUCGCCAGAUCUUUAAUUGGCCUAAAUCAAGGAGUGGCAGAAUCCCUGUGACACAGUCUGAUAAAGUUUAACAAGUUUGCCAUAUGUUAGAAAUCUUAAAAAUGUUUUACAGCUCUACACACAUGCAUCUUUGUUGUAAUUGUAUUCACACUGUGUAAAAUUUCACUGGUUUUGACUAAGUCAACAUUAGCAGCCACUUAAUAACAAUAUUUUAUUUCUAAUGCAAAUAUCUUGUGAUCCUUGCAAUGGACAACUGUGGCAUGAUUACAGCACCUCCUGCUAAAUGCAAUCAAUAAAUAAAGGUGCGAUACAUAAGUAAAGAUCCUUUAUUUUCCAUGUAAAGCAUCCUGGUAAAAUGAUGUUACAUAGACAGCAGUGCCUAGAAUUGGUACAGCUAAUCAUCUAAUCAGCUAAUAUCUAUGACACGCUUUCACCCACACCCCUUGGCUUAUUAUGAGAAGCCACCAAGACCCUCAUAACACUAUAGUUAAACAGUAAUGUCAUUAUCUUACCUUUGUGGCAAAAUAUGCUGAAACGAUAAUGACCUGUACUUUAUGUAGUGUCUAAAUUAUAUAUGUUUAUUGUAUUUAGCUUUAUUUUGUAUUGCAUUUUUUCUUUUCUUUCCUAAACAAACUUUUGUAUACUGUUUACAUGAUCGAAAAUUAAACAAAAAAUCAACACAACACCAACAGUUGCCUGAAGGUGUUUUAUAUUGUAAUGUAAAGAUCCUAGAAUAGUAUAGAAAAAAUAAAUAAUUUUAAGAAUGUUGCCACCCAAAAGGAGAGAAGGGCAAUAUCAUACACAAGUUCAUGUAGUAUAGUAGAGGCUUCUUGCCCCAGCUGGUCUUGUGUUGCAGUGUUCAUGUUGAUUUAAGAUUUGUAGAUUAUUUUUUUAACUUAUAUUGCAAAGGUUUAAGAACUACUCAUGCAGACGGAGACUAACAAAGUAAAACAGGAAGAGACAAACACAGAACGCAGAGAUGAAAGACAUGAUAAGCAAACUGACGACACACAACUGACACAUGUACACACAGAUGAGACAGAGACAGACUGGACGUGAAAGAGAACCAACCAAAUCAGACAAUGAACUAGGAAAUAGAAACGUGGAUAACUAAAGUAGGGAGCAGGGGAGAAUAAUACCAAGCUAGAAGACUAAACUGUUAGGGUGCCUGGGUCGUCGACCCAGUGUUUUGUGUUUUUGGUUCUUUGAUUUUGUUUAUUUCAUUAUAUUCUAGCUGUGCCUUAUGGUUUAUAGGUUUAUUCUUAGUUUAGGUUUUCUGUGUGGGUUUUGUUAGAGUUUGUGUUCUGGUUUUCUGUCUGUGAUCCAUAGUUGCUGUCUCCCCUGUCUGCUGUAUCCUUGUGUCAAGUCAUGCGUCUCUGUGUUAUGUUUCCUGUUUUACUUUGAAAGUCCGUGUCUCAUGUUAAUGUGUCUGGUUGUGCUUCCUUUGUCUCCUUAGGCCUGAUUUGCCCCAGCUGUGUCUCCCUCCUGUUUCCCAUUCCCUGAUUGCUCCCUCUGUGUAUUUAAGCCCCCGUGUUUCUCUGUGUCUGUGCUGUGAUCUGCCCUCAUCUUGCUGUGCAGCCCGCCUGCCACCCUUGGAGUCUCAGUUUUGUUACCUUUUUGGAGUUAGCAUUAAAUCUGUUUUGAGUUCACGUUUUGCCUCCGAGUGUCUGCACUUUGGGUCCUUUUCCUGCCUGCACAUAGCCGUUUCAUAACAUAAACAAUGCACAACACAUAAUAAAUCCAGACAUACGGCACUGUGCAAAGG